AGUUUUAUUUACUAUCUAUGUUUUUAUCAUUUCCUUUUCAUAAAUUUGGUUAUGAAUGGUUAUUAUCUAUAUCACAAAGAGUUUAUCCAAGAAUAAAUAAUGAAUCAAAUGAUUCAAAAUGGUUUCCUCGUGUUGUUAUGUGUGAUUUUAUGGUACGACAUCUCGGCUCAAACCAUCACUGGAUGUCAAUACAGUGUAAUCUACCAAUAAAUCUGUUUAAUGAACUUGUAUUUCUAAUUAUUUGGGCAUGGUUUAUAUUUCUUAGUGGUCUUACACUUAUUUCAUUUAUUUCAUGUCUUGUUUCGAUUUAUACUAAUAUUGAUCAUACAUUGAUUCGUAAAUAUCUUUAUUUAAGUUUACCACUAUCAAAAGUCGAUGAUGUAGAUAAAUUUAUCGAAGAUUAUCUAAGACGAGAUGGUAUACUUGUUCUACGUAUUAUUGCUCAGAAUACAAAUGAUAUUCUCAUGACUAAUCUUAUUGGUGCUAUUUUUAAAGUUUAUGCAGAUUCCAUUGAAAAUAAGAGUAAUGAUACUAAUAGUCGUAAUGAAAUACAAUGGAACGAAGAUUAUGUCCAUGGUGAUGGUGAUUUAGUAUAG